AUGCUUUUGAAGUCAGGAGUAUUCUUCACUUUGUGUCUGUUUACCCUCCAAGCAAGUCAAAUCAAAGACCUUCGUGACCACGGUUUUUCUGGACUCAGGGAUGUGAAGUAUCGCCAUUUUCUGGAAUCUUCAAGGUCCAUCAGUCACACCACCAAUGUCAGAGCAGCUCAGGAGCGACACCGGACCAAGAGGUCAACGCUCCUUACCACAGGGGUCAAAGUCUGUCCCCAGGAGACGAUGAGAGCAGUCAUUGGCAGCCAUCGGGCCUAUUACAAGCUCAGAGUUUGUCAGGAAGCAAUUUGGGAGGCGUUUCGCAUCUUCUUCGACAGGGUCCCAAACUCUGAGGAGUAUGGUGCCUGGGUUUACACCUGCCAGCAUGAAAACCUCUGCAUGGAUGACCUGGCUCAGAAUUUUAGCAGCUCUCAGGAGCACCUGGACAUGGUGGCCAGAAGAAUAGUUGAACAGGCCGAAAGUGAAGGAAUUGUUGCUGGAACGCCGGAGCCAGGAAUAGAUUGCACCUGGACUCCCCCACUGAUUCUGUUUCCAACGGAAGCAGACAUAAAAGAAGAUCCCAAUAUGAUAAAAGAGAACUAUGAGGAGUACAUUGUUCAAUUCAGCGUCACUAUGGUUGGCCCGUCGUACAGCGAGCGGCUGCGAGGCGCAGAGGCUCCAGUGCACAAUGACAUCAUAAGAGAGCUCACAGAUAAGAUGCUUCAUGUGUUUCAAAAAGUUCCAGGUUUCAAAGAAAUUCGUAUUCUGGGAUUUCGAUCGGAGGAUGUGUCUGUGCGUUACGCUGUGGUCUUUAAUGGAGACACAGAGCUCAAUGAUGAACCUGGGUAUCUUGGGGAGCUUGAAGCAGACCCAAAUGAGGAUGUUAAUGCACCUAAACUGAAAAACAUCAUUGUGAAGGCCUUAAAACAGGAGCCAUCACUGCCGCUGGACAUAGAGACACUCAACUUUGAGACUGUAAACACAGUUUAUCCAGUUGCGGCACUCGGCAUAAAUCCUGUUGAGGGCGUAUCAUCUGAGGAUGACACCACAGAGGCCAUGACAGAGGACAGCACACCCACCCAAAGUUUCUUCCCCACUGUGGCAGUGAUAGAAAACUCUUCUACAAUCAAACCAGAAACACACACCGUUGUGCCUUUCAUCCCAAGCAUCCUCCCAGAGGGCACUUUUGCUGUCACUGAUGACACUCACGUAAUGACAGCAGUAGAGGGGGAGUCCACAGAGGAUACUACAGGGGAAACCAUUGACAUUAUAGCUACAGAUAUAACACUGGAAAACAUUGCAGAGCAGGAAGAGGAAGCAGAGCCAGAGGUGGAGGAAAUACCACCAAUUGAACUUAAUGACGGAGGUGAGGCUGAAGAGCUGGUGACAGACGAAUCUGAACCAGCUGAUAAAGAACCGAAUGAGGACCUUCGCUUGGUGACUCUUGAUGCCCAACCUGAAAAAGGGAGCACUGAUGCUCCUGCUGAAGAUAACCUUGUCCUGUCAGAACCUACGGACCCAACAAUUUCGGAGAUAUCUGUCAUAGAAGCAGCAGCCCCAAUCUCCACACCAUCAACCCAUGAGCAUACAGUUCAAGGCAUUGAAACAGAAACAGACGUUGAGCCUUUGCCAUCCCCUUCAGAGAGCGGAGAAGCCCCAGAGGACAGAGACGAAUCUAGUGGGGGGCACAGUGGAGGGACCCCGGCCUCAAUGGACCUUCCUCCUGAGAUUUCAAGCAUUCAAGAUGAUGUAGGACAAAGUCAGAAUGGGACAGAGGUGUCAGUGACUGAGCUUCUGGAGGAAGAGAGCGGUAAUGGACUGCCACCAGAGCCUGACGAACGGCCGUACGAAUCUACGGCUGCACCGGCAAUGAGACAAGCCAACACUCCUCUGAUGACAGCAGUGGACAAGAGCAAAGAGUUAGUGGUUUUCUUUAGCUUGAGGGUCACUAACAUGAUGUUUUCUGAUGACCUGUUCAACAAGAGCUCCCCAGAGUAUAAAUCACUGGAGAAUACCUUUCUUGAGCUGACACAGCACUCCAGAAACUCGCCAAAACCUGGAGCUUCCCGUAAAUCUGGGCCUAAGAGACAGACAACUUUAGCCUCAAUACCGCUUCUACCCUAUCUGCAGUCCAAUUUGACCGGAUUUAAGCAGCUGGAGAUCCUCAACUUCAGGAAUGGCAGCGUCGUGGUAAACAGCAAGAUGAAACUGGACAAGCCAGUACCUUAUAAUGUGACCGAGGCUGUGCACUGUGUGCUCGAGGAUUUCUGUAACGCUGCAUCUAAACGGCUUGACAUUGAGAUUGACAGUCGUUCCUUGGAAAUAGAACCAGCUGACCAAGCAGAACCCUGCAAGUUCCUGGCCUGCAAUGAGUUUUCACGCUGCGUGGUUAACAGUUGGACCAAUGAGGCGGAGUGUCUGUGUGAUCCAGGCUACAGCACUGUCGACGGCCUGCCUUGUCAGAGCACCUGCACUUUGCAGCCAAACUACUGCCUGAACGGAGGCCUGUGUGAGAUAAUUCCAGGGCACGGAGCCACCUGCAGAUGCCCUGUAGGUAAAUACUGGCACUUCCACGGAGAACGCUGCAAUGAGCUGGUGUCAAUGCCAGUAGACCCUCCAUUAAUUAUAACCUGCCUCGUGGGAAGUCUCUGCCUUGUUUGCGCCAUCAUCGGCAUCUUGAUAUUCAUAAACAAGAAGUGUAUAAAUACAAGAAAGGCUGUCACUUUGGUGCACACCCAUGCUCCCUAUGCCUUUGAGAAUACUUUGAGGGUGAACCCAGUGUUUGAGAAUGAUGAUGGUGUCUUAAAUCAAGUGUCCACAUUGCCGUGUCCUUCAAGUUCUGCUUCUUCCCAAUCCCAACAGUCUGAGCAAGAACAUUUUGCCUCUAUUGAAAAUAUACAUCUGAGUAUUGAGAUCCCCAGACAACUCUACACAACAAGAUCAGACAAGUUAGUAUCAGAAAUGGUGGACUUCCAUCACUGCAUACCACACAACGUGGCGUGGCGAUUGCCAAAUGAAUACAGAACGUGUUGUCUUCUGAGGGCAUCGGAUAAUGAAUGUUUUGAAGUGACAGUUCUUUGA